UUCGGGCUAUCGUCUAUUUGCGCUAUUGUUUACAUUUUGCAUCGAUCGCUAGCAAACCGGAAAAAAAUGUUCAGCGCCAAACGUGUUUUACCCUUUCUGCUGAAGAGUACGAACAGCCUACGACAGCAAAAUCGCUUCCUUUCCGCAGAAGCGAAGCCCGCCCCAUGGCCACGGAAGGUGUUUUCCGGCGUGCAGCCGACCGGUGCGCUGCACAUUGGCAACUAUCUCGGUGCGGUGAAGCGCUGGGUGGAGCUGCAGGAAGCCGGAGAGGACGUCACCUACUGUAUUGUUGAUUUGCACUCCAUGACCAUCCCGCCGGACCCCGACACGUUACGUCACAACACGCUGCAAAUGACGGCAACGCUGCUGGCGUGUGGUAUCGAUCCGGCACGGGCCACCCUCUUCCUCCAGUCGGCCGUCCCGCAGCAUGCCGAACUGUCCUGGAUUCUGGGCUGUCUGACGACAAUGGCACGCCUGACCCAUCUUCCCCAGUACAAGGAAAAGUCGGCCAACAUGAAGGAAAUUCCGCUCGGCCUGUACCUCUACCCGGUCCUGCAGGCGGCCGACAUUAUGCUGUACAAAGCGACCCACGUGCCGGUCGGGGAGGAUCAAAUCCAGCAGCUGCAGCUGGCUCAAUCGUUGGCGCGCGCGUUCAACAACAAGUACGGCCGAACGUUCCCGUUCUGCGAGACGCUCGUGAACGACGGCAGCCGGCUGAAGUCGUUGCGCGACCCGUCAAAAAAGAUGUCCAAAUCGGAUCCGGACCCGAAGAGCUGCAUCAUGCUGAUCGACCCGGCCGACGUGGUGCUGGAGAAGGUGAAGAAGUCGGUGACGGAUUUCCGGUCGGAGGUUACGUUCGAUGCGAAAGAGCGGCCCGGCGUGUCGAAUCUGAUCACGAUCCACUCGCUGGUCAGUGGCAAACCGGUGGAGGAGAUAUGCCGGGAGGCGGUGGGGAAAAACACGGGCCAGUACAAGCUGCUGGUGGCGGAAGCGUUGAUUGAGCAUCUGCGGCCGAUCCGGGAGCGGAUGGAGCGGUACACGCGGGAUGUUGGCUAUUUGGCCGACGUUAUCGAGGAGGGCAGUGAGCGGGCGCGGGCGAUAGCGGAGCAGACGAUCGACGAGGUGAAGGAGAAGAUCGGUGUCGAUGGGUUACGUGCUGGCCGGCGGCGAAGGAAUGUGCGGCAGGAGAGUUAAAUAAAAUCGCAGCGUGCUGUGGUGGUAGUGAAGGAA